CAAAUCUCCCGAGGGUUUAGGCGGGUUUGCUUCCACUCCAGGGAAAUGGUGUGGCGUUACCACCCCCCAUCGCCCAGGGAGUCUUUCGGUCGGGAAGAAAGCUAGGACGAAAUGGUUGCCUUGGAACAGCUUUCUCACGGCUGCAUAGCUAAAAUCAUCGGCAUGGGCUUUUCCGCCACCCAGGCCUUAUAUCCAUUAACGGCAACAACUACAUGUAGUCAUGUUAUUGCGUUUACUGCGUCGGGAGUCAUGCGGUCGGCCGGGGUUUUUGGCUUCGGGUGAACAAGUCCACCCUACUAGUCUGCCACGAAGAGGCAAACCCCAUGUGGACGCCUUCAAGUUUCCUCGGAGACGCUUCAGCUCUCACUGAACGGGAUGUUUCUGUACGAGAACAUUCGGAUUUAAUUCCCUAAAUAAAGCCACUGGGUUUCCUAGUAGUUAGAGUAUUGUGCCUUUAUUUUCCAAUUGAAGUAAGUUGAUACACUUUUUACUAUUGUACACACAUCUGUAUUUGCAUAGAAAUGUAUUUAUAUAAUUAAACUACAUUUAGUAUCACUAACUUUGUUGUCAUUUUUCUUUGCAUGCUGUCUGUUAGAUCAGUCUUUUGUUACGUAUUGUUAUGAAUACGAGUCAUCUAUUAUAAUUAACACAGAUUUAAUCUACAUAACCAUUACGGUACGUAACAGUAACAGGUGCGUUUUCUGUUAUUUUUUAAAGCUUGUAUAAAUAUUUAGUAGUAGCAAAACUAAGUGUGUAUAAAUUUUAAGUGGUAUAUUUAAGUAUUUUAUUGUUUUGUAAUUAUUAUUAUUAUUUAAUUUUUUUUUUGUUAAAUAGUUUUUCUCCAAUUGUUUUCUUGAUAAUUAAAAAUGUGCCGUUUUUCAGCCCCGGGUCCCUUUAAACUAAAUGCUAUUCGGGUGUCAUUUGUGGCAGUUCAUUUUAUUUAAACUGAAGAAGCAAGUUUACAGAAUUAUAGUCAUUUCAGUUAUCUUUCAUUUGAUAUCAAAUUUUGUCGAACAAACCCAACGAUAAUAUUUUAAAUAUUAAAAAAAAAAAAAAAAGUUCUCUCACCCUUUUCCGGGUCUGAAUACCGUGUCCGAAUACCGAAUAGCGGCAGCUUAAUCACUAAAAUCAAAAGGUAACCAUUAUUCUAAUAUUGUUAAGUGUACUAAUUGGUUUCAUACAAAUUUCCGUUACAGACUCUAGAUAUUUUAUUUUCUUUCAAUUUUAACAUGGUAAGCUAAAUUAUUGUAUUAAAAUUUGAUAAAUGCAAAGCAAUAAGUUAGCAUAUUUUGUUUUCGUACAUCUAAUUUUUCUUGUAUUUUCAACAUUUCAACUUUUUAAUUAACUAUUGUCAUGGACGCUUGACAGGACAUGAAUUUCCUCUACCACAUUAAUUCAAUUUCAAACGUUGUUUUUAAAUAAUUCAUUUCCUUAAGACAAAAGUGAUUUGCUAGCCAUGUUUUUAUAUUCACCAGGCUUUUAAACUAAUCAAAUUAUAAUAUUAUGGAUCAACCUGAAUAUCUUUCUGCCGAAGAAUUGAGAAACAGAUUAUACCACAGUUUACGGGACCGCGGGCUUGUAGAUUCAUUAAAGGUAGCCUACUACUACUAAAUAUUAUAAAGUUUUACUAAUUUAAAUAUUUUUAAUUAGGCUCAAAACUUAAAACGGUGAUAUUCUAUAUAAAGCUUAAACACCACUUCAAAUUUUUGUAAAUCUUGGAUUUCUUUUAUGAAAAUAGAUUGUUUAGACUUAGACUUAGAACUGAAGUUUAAGUUUAGAGUUUAGUUAGUAUUCUAAAGGCUAAAACUAAAACAGAAGUGUGAUAGUGAUUGUACUACUGAACUGAAUACUGAAUGCACUUAGCCUUAAACUAAAUAAAUUUCUCUAAUGCUUUUCAGUUUGUAAUUAUCUAAUUGCUGUUUGCUAAAAUUAUUUUUAGUGUUUCAUUACAGUUACAGGUAGUUUUAAAAAAAUAAAAUCCUAUUUUUGUUUCAGUCACAACUGAGGAAUAGUUUAGUUACUGAAUUAAAACAGACAGUUCAUGGACCUUUAACAAUAAAAGAUCUGAAAGUUCCAGAAGGAGGAUCUCUCUUGCAUAGAGCAUCUAACAGUCUUGUUGCAAACCACUUGCGUUCAUGUCAGUAUGAAUAUACCCUCAGUGUCUUUUUGCCAGAAUCUGGGCUUAAUCAAGAUAAGGUAAAUAUACAUUAAUCAAGAUAAGGUAAAGAUACAUAUUGUUAUUUAUUUUAAUUUCAUAAACAAAUAAUUAACUUUGGCUUUUCAAUUUUUAAUGGCUCUGUUAUUAUUGGGCCCUAAACAAUCUGACUAUAAAAAGUUAAAUUCCCUUUGGUUAAACUGCAGCAUAGUAAUUUUUUUUCAUUUGAAUUGUGAAAAAUCUUGGCGCUAAUUGAGGUAAUUGGAAUGAAUCUCAAUGACAUAAUUUAUUCCACUCAAAUGCAAAACUACAGCUUAUUAUGGAAACAAAUUGUUGCUGAUGAUCGGUGAGACAAAAGCAUAAAGAUUAUCGCUCUACUGUGGUUUAAGCAUUAACCCUAGGAAAUGUCAGAUAAAACCAAUGGGGAAAAAAGUUUAAGAGAACCUAUUGCAAAAUUAAAAAUUUGUAUGCAUGGAUUGUGACCUACAACCUUACAAUGAUAAGGAAGUUAAAAAAGUUGUAUGAAUUGCAAAAAAAUGGUAACAAACCAUAUCACCAGGAAAGUUAUAAUUUUGAGCUUGAAAUGUGAACAUAACAAAAUUGUCAGAUACAUAGUUGCUGGUAUUUUUUUUAAUAAGGGAGAUGGUUAUUUAUAAUAAAAUAGAUACAUGAGCUGUGUCUGUUUACUUGCUGGCAAACAAGAGCAGAUACACCGACAUAUUAGCAACUUUAUCAACACAUGUAAUAAUAUCAAUGUUCAAAUAUUUUUGUCUGAUCAACUCUGAUGCAUUAUUCAUUUACAACAUUUUUUUUUGUGCUUGAAUAUUUGUAUAGAGAGAGAGUCUAAUCACUGUCCUGAUAUUUUUCACUCUAGAAAUUUGAAACUGUUGACCUUCUCAAACUUUUGAACAUCAGUCCUCAAUCUAGACUUUACCAAAGACUUGUAAGUUAUAUGUUCAUAAAAUAGCAUUUAAUGGGGGUAUCAUAUUUAGUUUAAAGAUUUUAUGAAUGCUUAUUAAGGCAAAUAUAUAUUUAACAUUAGUAUACAUACUGCAUAAGUUCUGUUUAUUGCUUUAUAUUUAAAUAUUUAAACAAUUGUACUUACAUUUGUCAGAGUGCACAUACCCAACAAGAUUCUAAACGAGGUAAGAAACUGCUAUUAACUUACGUAAGUUAGGUACAACUCUUAUUUCCAGUACUUGAUAUCUGUUGUCUGGUGUUGUCCUGCUAAAAUUAUAAAGAGAUAUAUAUAUAUAAAUCUAAUUUUUUUCAUAUGUGUUGAUACUAGGUCUUAUAUCUAAAAAUUUUCCUUCAUUAAAGGAUUUUUAUGGCAACUGUUAUCUGAAGUUUCAUCUUUACAUGCUAAUUCAAUCAACAAUGUGGGAUGCCAAACUGAUCUCAUCAAAGUGGGACCAAUUACACCUCUGGGUAAAUAAUAAGUCUGCAAUCCUAAAGGUCGUUCACACUACCAAUUUGUUACUUGGAUUUUCAGCUUUCUGUGACCACAUGCUAUGUGCAAAAAUACGGGGCUACUAAGUUUCAUUUUCACUGGUUAUUGGAGUGUUGCAAUAUAUUGUCUUUUGGCAAUAUACAGAAGCAAUCCUAUCAUAUUUUUAUCAAUGUGCAUGCAUUAUAUUCAUCAGACAGAUUAAGUAGCAUAUAAACUGGUCAUAAAAAAACUGCAAAUCUUUGACAAAUGUAGUAAUCCGUAAUAGCCAUAAUUUGUAGUUUGAAGUUUUAAAUUUGUGAAACAAAUUUCAUGUUUGAUUUUAUUGUAGUGGGCUAGACAAGAAAAGGUUUAAGAGGAACAAUAUCUUGUUUGGAAAAAUGAAAGUAAAUUAAGUAAAGAUUUUAAAAAAUUUUCCUUGUGUGCAUGGUUAUUGGUAAAAGCAUACUGGUAUUUAAAAGAAAAAAGCCAAAUGUAUUCAUUUAAUGAGCCAGAGGUCGCUGACUGUUGUACUGGCACAUAAAUUUAAAGAGCCACUUGCAGCCACAGGUCGCUUGACUGUUGUACUGGCACAUACAUUAAGAGAGCCACAUGCUGCCACAGGUCGCUGACUGUUGUAUUGGCACAUUCAUUUAAGGUUGAUAAAUAUAAACAAAAUUCCUGCAUCAGAUGCCAUAGUUGUCUCUGCUCAGUGUGAACCCUUACAUCAAAUAUAUGUCAUGUGUCAUUUACUCUCAACUUGGAUUCUCAAAUGGAUUCACCACUGUGCUUUCUGGUUGCAACAAAUCAGCAGUGUGAACGUACCCUAGGUCAUCAAUCACAUAUUUUCAAUCUCUGUCUAGACUGAUAGUUAUCACUGGUUAAUAUUUUUAUCUCAAAACUUAUGAUCAAAUUAGAUAUCUGAAUGAUUUAAAACAAAUUUUUUUUUCAACUUAUCUAUAAAUAUUUACCACACUGUUAUGCAUGAGUCUGAAAACAUUGUCAGAAAUUGAAUUUGAAAGCUUAAUAACUUCAAAUAAUUUUUCUCUGUUUGAAAUUUUUCUUUUAAUAAAAAUUCAAAGACUUGAGAUAAUUUAUUUUAUUGCUUUGGAUCCUGUUUAAAAAAAUAAUAAAAUCAAGCUGUUCCUGCGCUUAUUUUAAUUUACAGAUGAAAAACUUUCUGAUGUUGAUGAGCUGUAUGCCUCACGUCGUGAUGAUUUUCUGCGCACUGGAAGAUCUGGUGCCGAGGAAAGACUUCUUAGUUUUCAGCGUCAGUUAGAAGAUCGCUAUAACACACAACUCAAAAUGGAGGUUUGUUUGUUUCCUUAGGAUUUUAAAACAUUAUUUUAAUAUAGCCGAAUGUGACUAUUAACCUGCUCUUAGACUAAAGUGUAAAAAAAAAGUUCUGAUAAAAUUAAGAGAGGACAGAUCAUUUCAACUCACGAUUUAAAGAAAUAAAAAAGGUGAAAAAAAAUUAAUUUCUUUAAAACUUAUCUUUGUUAUUAUUAUUUUUGGUUUUCUUUUGAGCUGUUCUACUUAUCAAUCUUUGGUUUUAAACUCAUCAAUCUUUCCUUUUACACUUUCUUUCCUCUCCCUUUCAAUUUUUCAUAAAAAAAUAAGUAAGUUAAUUCUUUAAAGCAUCAUCUGGGAGCAUCUUCUCAGUGCUCCCCAGCUCAGUACAUUAAUAAAGAUAAAAUAGUUUUGUGAAUGCAAAGAAAAUAAAGUAGAUAAAUAAAAUAAUUUCAGUUAUCAAUAGAAAUAAAUUGUAUGUAAAGAGAUUUAGAGCUAUACCCCACUGUUUUGUUGUUAAUAUUAAAAUUAUUCUAUUAUGUUCUUUAAGUUGCCUUGGUACCAAAAAUCCAGAUGAAUAGGAGAAAUUUUAUGAGAAAUGUUGAUAUCUUGAUAACGAAAAUAAUUGUCCUUUUACAUUUUAAAUUCCAUUUUAAAGCUUGCAAGAAUGCGGGACUCAGAGAUAGCAACAAUGAAAAUUGAAGAAAGAGAAAACGGCAGAAAAAGUUUAGAACAAGCCAGGAGAGAGGUAAAUUUGUUAUUUCUUUUCAAAUUUGUUGAGAUCUGUUUUAAUUACUUAAUAUGGGUUUACACCAUUUGAUUCUUGUAAUUGAUAUCAUAAUAAUCUAUACGUAAAUCUUUAAAUAAUCUCUAUGGGAAUGUUGAAAUAAUCAAUUUGUAAAUGUUUAAAUAAUCUAUACGUAAUUGUUUAAAAAUACUCAGAUGUCCUCUAAAGCAGUGUUUCCCAAACUUUUAAGAUGGGGAGAGUGGUGAACAAGUUUCAAAUUGCACCAGUGCCAGAUGAAUUACCUUUCUUUCUUUUCUUUUGACCAUAAAUAUUCACAUAUUGCGGACUGGCGCCAGUCAGCUGACCACACUUUGGAAACACUCCUUUUGGAGAAAAGAAUUCCUUACAUUUUUAAUUUAUUUUUAAACAAAAAAAAAUAUUUUAAAAAAGAAAAAAAAACAGAGUUUUUGGGGAGGCCUUUCAAUAUUUUUAACAAGGGCUGUUUAAAAAAAAAUUUAAUGCAAUUUUUAUAGCACAUAGCUGAGAAAACAAAUUAAAAACAACAUUGGACAGAAUGGGGUAAGAACCUAAGACAUUCACAUUGCCAUAAGGAGGACUUUAAGCAACCAGCUGUAAAUUUCUAUAUAUUUAGUAUACAUGGAAGUUAUUACGCUUAUUUAAAACUUUUGUGAUUAUCAAAGAUAGGUGUUGCAUUGACAGCCAUCUUUAUUUUGGAAUAAAUAAUUUGAGGGAUUCAUCAAGCUUUAAUAAUUUGGAAUGUACUCCGAGACUUUGUAGCAAUUUUCAGUUAGCUGUUGAAGACAGCCAUUCAAACAAGUCGAGUGUAAUUCAAGUGUAAUUUCACCAAGUAGCCUAGUGUUUGUGGUACCAGCACUGACCAUCUUGCCGUUAUUCUUAUCUUUUUAAAGCUGGAGAGAGUGUACAAAGACAAGUAUGAUGCCCUUGUUAUUCGAGAGAGAAAUACCUUGGAGCGACUGCAGCAGCAGACAGAGGUAUUGCCAGCCACCAUGUGAAGCACUGGGUCAUAAAAAAACAUUUCCCAUUUGAAAGGAAACAAAUAAAUCAUCUGUUUGUUUUUCUUAAAAAUUUUAAUUAUGAUUUGUCGCGCUACAAGGUUUAGUUUAAACUAUUUGAAAUCUUUUUUUACUGAAACUGCAUCUGUUCAUUUUUAAUAAAAAAUACAAGCUGGAUAACACGUCAAACACCAACAAUUACCAAAUUUCUAAAAAAUAGAUGCAAGAGAGAGAAAUGCAUGCUCAGCGCCAGUCUAUUCUAGAGGAAAUAGAAGCUGUCAGGCAGAGAGAAGCAGAAGUGAAAAGAGAAGCUGAAGUCAACAAAAGGUAAAAUGGUUGUUAAUUGGUAGAAUUGUUGAUAGUUUCACUGAUGAUCCUCGAAUUAACCUCUUUGAGCAAUUAGAAUUCUUUCCUACAUGCACCAAUCACUGCCCCCAUUUCAUGUUAAAUCCAGGGAGAAGAGGUUGACGGAAGACCGGGUUAAAGAUAAAGAGAGUGAUGUCCGCAGACGGGAGCUAGAAGUGCAGCAAAGAGAGACAUCGUUUGAACAAAAGUUACAGAAUGAAAUGGCCCAGUAAGUAGAACAGUGAAUGUAGUUGCCUUCCCAGAUCCAAAACAUUUGAGUAUUGACCAAUUAAAAAUAAGGGGGGUGGGGGGUGUCGGUCGGGCACUGAAAAAAGAGUCACAGUCAUCUCACUGUAAUUAUGUAUCUCAAUACAUGUCACUAUAAUUGAAUAUCUGGGCUCACUGUCUGCCAGCAAUUUUUUAACUUAGCUUGAUGCUUGCCCAUUGUUGCAGAAAUAAUAGUAGGCCUGGAGAGAAGUAAAUAUUUCUAGUUUGGAUUACAGUUGGUCUACAUUUGUUCUGUAAUCUUAAACGACACACUGGUUACAUGGAUAGAUUAUUGUAACAAAAACUCACAGAAUUGAAACAUUGCAGUGAGGAUGGAAUUAGUGAGGUGAAUAAGGAUAGACAUAUCAGAAUAAAAGAUUGGAACUUUCUAUGGGUGUGUUAAGAGAUUAAUUUUUUUUUCUUAAAUUCUAAAUAAUUAUAUUGUCCAUUUAUCAAAUUUCUUUCAAUUUGGGAAAGUAAAUUUGUACCCAAAAAUUAAUUUCAGAUUUAAAUUGGAUCAGCAAGCCAGGUUUAUUGAGAGAAUUCAAAAUGUAGAAGUCAGGGAAGCAACAUUAAAAGGUGAGGUUACUGGUUUCCUUUGAACUUACCAUUGAAACAAAAAUACUAUAAUUUGUUGUGGAAACCCUUUACAGGUCUCAUAAAAUUAUUGUCUAAAUUAUUAAGCCUCAAAAAAUAAAUAAAUAAUAUAAUCUACUUUUCUUAUGAGUAGGGCAAUGAAUAGCAAUUACUUCUUUAUGAAUAUUUUGGUUUAUUUGGUUGUUGAACAGAUCUGGAUUUUUAUAAAGCAAUGUGUUCUCUUUUAUCAAUUAGAGCAAGAGAGGAUUGUGUCUGAGGAGAAAGCACGAUUACAACAAAUCAAGGAUGAACUCAGAGACAAAACUCAUAGAGUUAAUGAAUUAGAGGUAACUACUUUGAUUUUUAAAAUAUUUUUAUCUUUUACAUUUGGACAGAACUAUAGAAGAAAAAUAAAUGUUCAGCAUCUGCAUUUUUUCCUCAUAUUGCAUUUUUUUAACUAGAAAAAUUUAUUAUCUUACGAAAAUGUUCUGUAUUUUUUCUAGACCAAGAUUUCUGAAGCUAAAUACAGUGAGAUAGAUGCAAACAAGAACAAUGAAUAUCUCAAUGCAAAACUAAGAGAUGUAUGUUUUCUUAAAAUUUAUUAUUUUAUUAAACCAUUGAAUUCUUGCAUGGAAGAUGUAAUAUAAUUCAAGGGUUGGUGUGCUGUGUUUUUUUUUCUCCCUCCCUCUUCACUUUUGAACAUGGUUCUCAUUAACCAUUGAAUUCUUGCAUGGAAGAUGUAAAAUAAUUCAAGGGUUGGUGUGCUGUGUUUUUUUUUCUCCCUCCCUCUUCACUUUUGAACAUGGUUCUCAUAAAAGUUUUUGUUACAAAAAAAAAAAAAAAAAAAAAAAAAAAAAAAAGCAGAAGAGAUUUCACAGUGAAGUCAUUCAAAGGAGCAACAAAUUCUCUUCGUACCAUUUAAAAAUGUAUAACAUCAAUGCAAAUUUCUAAUGAUUGUGGAUCCUUAAUUUUCUAAGUGUGCAAUCUGCAACAAUAUGUUUUUUUUUGUUUUUUUAAGGUAUAGAAACUUUUUGAGGACUUCAGUUAACACAGAAUGCCAAUUAAUAAUGGGAAAGGUUCAUUUACUUAAACUUUUUUUUUUUUGCUGUUAAUAAAUGAACAAAAAGAGUUCUUCACUUUUGGCAAUCCUGUCUUUUGUUUUAACUGAUUUGCAAUUUUCUCAUCUAUCUGGUAACAGAUGUCUGAUUACAAAACAUUGAAAGAACAAGUUAUAUUGUAUAGAAAUGAGCUUGAAACUCUAAGGACGUAAGUCAUUAAAAGUGUUAGUAUAAAAAUGAAUACAUAGAUCUAAUUCUUUAGGUUUAUAUAUCAAGUAUAUUAUUUUUUAAUAGAUCAAAUAGUUGCACAUUAAUUACAUAUAAAUCUAAUACAUGUAUAUUAAUUACAGCUCGAUUUCAUGAUAGAUUCGGAUUUACCUAUAAAUAUUAAAUAAAGUGGAAAAAAGGUAAUUAAUUAAUUAAACUAUUUUAUUCUAAUGCCACUUUUCUUUUUGUCUCCUGCAGACGUUUAGCUGAGGUUUUAUCUAUGAACGAAAGAGAGAGGGGAAGUAAGUUAAGAUUUUAAAAGUGAUUUCGACAAAUCUUACCAUGUUUAAAUAUUUAACUUAAAGUUACUGAUCCAGUCAUAGUAACGUUCACUUCCAAAACUUGACUGAGACAAACGUAACACAUUUAAAUAGAUGGUUAUUCAAGGCCUAUUGUUAAAAUAAGCAUUUCAUGUCUAUAAUUGAAAAUAUUUUGUUUUAAAUUAAAAUAAGCAAAAGUGAAUUGUCUUGUCAGGACAAGAGGAGUUGUUAAGAGAGUUACGUAGACCUUCCCCUGAAUCACUCAUGCUUCAGAGAGAUCUUGAGAGGGCCAAGGAAAGUCUAAGACAGGAGCAGCUAGUCUUUAAUCAGCAAAAACAAUUGCUAGAAAUUAGACUGAAAGAGGAGGUAAUUGAUGUGUAACCAUCCUAUGAUAUGUUAACAAAGGGAAUGAAUAUUAUAGCAAAAGGUGAUGCAAUAUUCAAAGACAACUUCUUUCAAUUCUUAAAGGGUGACAAAAAUCAUUACAAACAUUCAUUACUUGUACAUUUGUUUAUUGAAUAUCAGAUAACAGAUUAAAAGUUUAAAUAAAACAGUCUUUGAAUUUCUAAAGCUUGACAGAAACAAAGAUCUUAUGCAAAGGUUUGAAGAGCAGAUGCUACAAAUGAAAGAAAUGAAUCGAGAAAUUGUGGACUUAAGGCAACAUUUACACAUGACAACUAAAGGUAGAUCUCUUAACUUAUUGCAGAUUUCAUAUUUUUAUCGUAAGGAGAGUUAUGUUAUUUUGUAUGACAAUUGAAAAUAUUUUCAUUAUUUUUAAAGGAACUGUUUAACCUGUUAUAUAAAAUUGUUAAUGAGUUUUCUAUUUUUUUAAAAAAUUUUUUAGCUUUGAAUAAUGAAGUAUACAGAAAGCCAGAUGAUGGUCAAGAUGAGUAAGUUCCUUAACAAUUUGCGAUUAUUUUCAUGUACUUUUAAAUUCACAUAUUUUUCCCUGAGUAAUGGAGUAAACAAAUGAAAUGUUAAUUUUUUUUUAAAGUUUCUAAAAAAAAUUACUAUUUUUAAAAAUAUAAAAUUUAUGUCAAAAUUCUGACUCAUGGUAUAAUAUAAUGUCUCACUUUUCCAAGACCACAGCGGAAUGACCUCAGAAGGUCUCAAAAGGCCCACAACUCCAACGAAAAUUCUGUAGAUUUUAACCUGGAUGUCUCAGGGCCACGAAGGUCACUAAGGUUUGAGCCUGACCCCAAAGAAGUUUACCAUGAUGUGGAUUUUGGCCUAGGCUCAGUGUAUCAACCAAGGGAUGGGGUCUACUUUGAUGAUGAUCAGUCUUCAUCAGACUCCGCAGACAUCAUUGCUCAGGCUAAAUACAGGCUGAAAAGUCUUGACCAUGAAGCUCAUGUAAGUAUAUCUAGCAGUUCUUUAUUAUUUAUUUUAUUUUAGUGAAUUAACAUUAAGUUAUUGAUUUUCAAUCAUCAAACCAAAAUACAGCAAGCCAAUUGCAUUUUUCUGUUAAAAAUAUUUUCUUAACUCUUCAGAAUCUGGAAAAGGCAUAUCAUGACUUUCACUGUCGUAUGACAAAUGUCAAUGCCCUGCCUGCAGAACCACAGCCAGUAAUUCCUUCAGUAACCAGGAAUUCUGGUGAGGCUAGUUGAAUAUUAAUAUAUAAAAUUCAAUAUUAGUUUAGCAUUAGAUUAAAAGGCUUUUAUUUUUUUUAAUAUUGACAAUAAUUUUUAAAAAAAAUGAUAGUUUAAAAUUUUAACCAGGUUGACACAGAACUUUAAAUGUUCAUAAAGUUUUUAAAAUAAAAUUUUUGAUGACUUAAAGUUGUACAUUUAUAAUGACUUAAAGUUGUACAUUUAUAAUAAUGGUACUGGUGAAAACCAUUACUUUAUUGUAGUAUACCUAAGAGUUUUUAAUUUUCAAAUUAAACUAUUUUUGUGUGUGUUUUUAUCCAAAAAUAUUGAAAUAGCCCCAAAACAAGAUGUUAUAAUGAGGUCACCAGUACACAGUCCAAUACCUUUUGAUAAUCCUAUGUCAUCAACACCCUACAAGCAGCCAAGGAAAGCCCAGGAAUUUAAUGGUUUGCUCUCUUUAGUCAUUUGCAGAGGCAGUUUUAAUGUGCUUUGUUUCUUUUAACCACUGUGCUCCUGAAGGAGGUAAUUUUUAAAACUAAGUGUAUGAUGGUAAAGACUUUUUGUGUAUUAUAGAAAAUGAUAAGGAAUAUUACAAAAAUCUGUUAAAUGUUUAUUUUAAAAAUGUAUUAUUCUUUUUGUUAAAUAUCAGAUAGCUUUGCAGAACUUGGCACUCCACAUCUGAUACAGAGAAAGGCCACUUCACACCAGGAUCAGUCACAAAGGAGUCAUAGCAUAGCAAUAGACCAGAAAGAAUAGUAAGUUUAAAUUUUCUUAUUUUUGGCUUUACAAUAGAAAUAAAACAUGGAACAAUGUUACCCUAUUUAGAUCAGUGUUCCGCAAAUGGUUGUGCUAUGACCGGCACCUGUCUGCAAUCCUUGCUGACCAGCAUAACAUGAAUAUUUAUUGUCAAAUAGAUAGAAAAUAUAAUCAUUCAAUCUGGCGCUAGUCCCUGGUUCAGUUUUGAAACUUGUCCACCAGACUUUUAUGUUUUUUGGGAAACACUGCCAUUUUUGGAGAAUAUUUCACAUUUGAUAUUUUAAAAUACUUGAGCUUGCGCUAUGUAAAUCCUUCAAACAAUAUAUUAUUAAUCAUUUUAAGCUUCAGUGAAAAACCUGUUGUUCAGAAGAGAUCCAUAACAGUAGAUGAUUUAGAACAGAGGCCCGGAUCACCACCCAUAAUGGUCAUAGCAGAAUCCAUAUCAAGUGAUGAAGGUUGGUGAUCAAGUUAAUUAAUUAGUUCUGACCAAUCAAUAAUGUUUCUUAAAAAUAAUUUGCCUAAUGACUUUUCUCAGGAUUUGAACUGACUUACAUGCCACAAUAUAAUAGUCCUGCAGCCUUGAUUUUGCCAUUUUGUUUUAUAACAGAAGUAAAAAAUAAAAAAGGAUAUUGCAAAAUAAAAAGAUAUGAAACAGUUAUGAAGUAUUAUUUGUCACAAAUAAAGGUAAACAAAGUAUUUUAUUUUUAAAAAUCACUUUAAAAAAUCAAGCACAUUAUUCAUUUAAUCAUUUUCUUUCUUGCCAUUUUCUGUUACAGGUAAAAGAAAUUUAAGAACAGAUACAGGCAAAUUCGAUACUAUUGAUGCAGUUUACACCUCGAUGCCUGAUAGCCCUAUUGAAACUAAAGCUGAUCCUGUCCUCCAAACCCAACACUUUUCUCUUGAUUCUGCCUGGAAAACUCAGACACGGGAAGAAGAGCAAGCUGGUAAGAAGCAAUUUGGGAACCUUCAAACUAAAGACUGUAAUUAUAACUAAAUGGUUAAACAUUGCAAAGCAUUAGUAAAAAUAGCUGCAAUAACAACAAAGUUGCAAGUACUGAGAUAGGAAGAACAAAAGAAAUGCUUGCUGCACCAGGGAAAUUGAUGGAUUAACCAGAUCAAUCAGAUUAUUUUUCUUUAAAAAACAAAAAUCUAAAUUUUGGAUUUUGAAAUUAAAUUGUCUGUUUUUGUUUUUUAAAAUAUUAAGUUAAAACUUAUGUACUGUAUCAUGAAACUUAAAUGUAUUUUAUUCUCAUUGAAAGCUUCUAUUCUUUUGAUUUUCUAAGUAAGCUUACAAAAGUUAUUUACAUAUUUCAAUGUUUUAAAUUGAAAAAUAUAAUGAUAUUCUUAAUUUUCAUUUUGCAAUAAGAAUAUAGGACAAAGAAAGAGAUGGAGGAAGAAAACAGACAAGGGGAAGGAAGACUGGUGGAAGAAAGGUUGGACAGAGAAGAGAAAGGCUGGAAAAAGGAGCCAGAAAAUGUUGAGGUUGGAAUCAUACAUAGUUUGUAAAUAUUUUUAAUUACACUUCAGAAUGAUACUUUAAUAUAUCAAUAAAGGGCUUCCCACUUUAAUUAUUUGCUAAUGACUCCAAAUAAUUUUUUUGGUUGAAUUUCUUAUUCAUAUAUAAGUAAAGAGCUAAUGUAGAUGCAUAACGCUGCUAAUUUAGAUGUGUAAGGCUAGUUCUUAUAAACAAUACUGAUUUUGUGUUAAUUUACGGAAAUCAAAUCAAAUUAGAUCUGAUAAAGUAUAUCUGCUUUUAUGCAAGGAUAUGUAAUCUUUAAUAAUAUUUAAGUAUUUUUAUGAAUUAGAAAUAAAUGGAAUUUUCAAAAAAAAAAUUAAAAAUUGAAGUAUUUAUCUGAAUCUAAGUGAAAAAGUAAAAAAAAUGUUAUUCCAUUUGUACAAAACAAUUAUGAUACUCUCAAAGUGCCUAUAGAGGAGAUGGACACAAUGAUAUCAUCUGUGUAAUACUAUUAUUUAUUUGAAAUUCAAUGUAAUUUAACAUUAUAGUAGAGGUAUAAACCUCAAGGUGAGAUUGUAUUUUGUAUAAAAUAAAAGGCACUCUAUUAUAACUAUACCUGAAAUUAAAAUGUAAAAAUACUUUUCAUCCCAAUAUUAUAUUUAUAUUGCUUUAACUUUAAGGUAAGAUGAUCUUGGUGGGUGUAUGUAUGGUCAAAUGAUGAAAUCUGAAUAAAUUUUAAUGGCUCAAAUGACCCGCAAAUCGCGAGCAUUAACUUUUCUAGAAAAUCAAAGUCUAGAAAAUUAGUGUAUAGAUAAUUUGAAAUAAAUUUGUAAAAUAUUUAUUGUACUAUUUUAUGUGUUUAAAUUUCAAGGGUAAUGAAAAUUUAGCACCAAAAAAAGUAGGGGGGGGGGGUGUGUGUGUGUGUACAUUUUAAUAUAAUAUCAGUAUUUCAAAACUGGAUUGUGUUACAGACUGAAAUAUGGGUAUGGAUUUUAAUUUCAAAAUGGAUAACCAUAUUCUAAAAUAUAAGGAAAUAAGCGGUUAACUAUUUUUUAAAAUAGAAAAAUGAAACAAAUUGCAUGGUAAAAGGGAGUUGGGACAUUAGAAUAUAUAGUUCAGGGUUAAGCAACAUGUCCAAUGUGUUACCUUAGUGUUGGAAAGUGCAGUUGGAUAAGAUUUUCUUUGAAACUAAGGACAUUAUAACUUUACCAUUUUUCCAAAUAUACAGUUCAAUGGUGAGGUAAGGGGUGGUCACAUAUUUAACAUUAUGUUUAUAUGAUGAAAUUAAUUUUUAAAAAUAGCUAAAUUUUUUUUUUUUUCCCCAAAAUACAGUUAAGGGGCCUGAACAAGUAGGAAUUAUGAUUUUCUUUAAAUAUAAUAUAAGGAAAUAUUUGUUUUUGUAUUUUGUGCAAAAUACAGUUUAGGUGCAUGGGAAAUUUAUGAGAUAAAGAGUAGUAAAUACAUAAGAUUAUUUCACUUACAGUUACAGACAGGAAAAUUGAAGAUUUGUCUUGAACUUUAAGAAUUCUGUUUUUAAUCAUUUCUGAUUAUAUCCUUUUAAAGUUUAAGGACAUGUUUUUAAAAUUUUAAGAAAAUAUGUUUUCUUUGUACCUUUACUGGUAGUUAAUGGGCGUGGAAAGGGGUUGAAUUGAUCUAUAUUAUUUAGGAGAAUAAAAACAAUUCUCAAACUCCAAUGAUGUGUGAAACGUAAAUAUCUAUGCAUUGAUUCUUCUUUAAAAAUUAUUGAAAGUUUAAUUGACUAUUUCCUAAUAAUACCAUACAAGGGCAUUCAAUUAAAAAAUGAAAUUUUUGAGGAUUUAUCAAAACUCUGUUCAGAUACAUAUGUAAAAAUUGGAGUUUUAGAUUUUGAGACUUCGCUACAACAGGUGAAAAGUCAUUACUACCCCUGUAACACCAGUUUACAUUUUCUAGUUCUAUAAUAAUGUCACAGGCUCCUGCAGCAGCUGCAAGUAAAGAAGACAAUGACGAUGAUAAGAUUGAUCCAGUGAUGAAACAAUACAUGGCUAUGGUGCAGCAGCAGAAAGAAAAGGAGAAACAGGUUUGUGGGUACCAGUUCAAUCCCUUUGGUAAUAAUGUAAAGCCAUGUAAAACUUUUAGGAUAAUGCAAGGCAGUGAAAAUGUUAUCAGAAAGCUUUAGAAUCAGAAAGCUUUAGAAGCUUUCAUAAGUGGAGAAAUAUGUAAAUAACAGAAGUAAAUAAUACAAAACCACACCCCCCCCCCCACCAUUAGCAUUAAAUUAAAAAAUCAAAGCCCAUUUACAAAUUUGUAUUUACAAAGCAAUAAAUUUUUUUUUCAGUAUUGUUUAUUUUUAAAGUUUUGUUUAGAUUAAUUUGUUUCAACGUCUUUCUUUUUAAUAUGUAAAAAACAAAAGUAAAAAAAACAAAACCCCACCCCCCCCCCCACCAUUAGCAUUAAAUUAAAAAAUCAAAGCCCAUUUACAAAUUUGUAUUUACAAAGCCAUCAAUUUUUUUUUCAGUAUUGUUUAUCUUUAAAGCUUUGUUUAGAAUAACUUGUUUCAACGUCUUUCUUUUUUUUCGCCACUCAUUUUAACAGCUUGCUAAAGCCACAAGCGGAUCUAAAGGAAAGUUACAGGUACAUCUUGUAGAUUUAUAAAAAUAUAACAUUAUAAAUAUAAAAUUGUGGUUUUAAAGCACAUAUGGGUAUGAAUUAGGAUGACUACCUUUGCAAUAAUUAGUAAUGAUAAAAACAUUUAUUUUAUUCAAAAUAUUUUAUAAUCAUUAACUAGUUGAUAACUAAUUAAUUUAUGAAUUUAAACUAAAUUGUUUUAUUGUCUAAUUUUUUUUUUUUAAAUUUACUGCAGGAUAAGACUCCAUCUCAGUCUGAAUCUGAAGAAUUGUCAGUUGCAAUUGAUGAUAAAACGUAAGGGGGCAAAAAUCUUUUUAACAUUCUAUGGUCUUUAUUCCUAUCAGGUUCUACAGUUUGCAUUGACUACUAUUUCAGUGGGAACACAUUAAUUAAUGAUUAAUUUUGUGUUCCACUAAGUUUAUUCACUAUCUGAUUCCAUCUAAAAGAUUUUUACAUUAUUACAGUUGUGUCCCUAAAAGUGAGACUAUAAUUUUAUAACAUUAUGGAAAUAUUGUAAAUAUUUUAUCUUAAUUUAAAAAAAAAGAAGCUUCUACUUUAAAGGCCAGAAUAUCAAACUGUUUUUGUUAAUUGCCAAGACCCUAACAAAGAAUCAUCAGGAUUCAAGUGUUAAUAAUUAAUAAUAAAAAAAUUGGUAUGGUGUCUGGUAAAGCAAAGGCUAACAUCCAAGAGAUGUCAAACACAAGAGCAAUAUUGUGCCAACCAAUUUUGAAGAGCUUUGAGGUAAAACUGUAUUAAAUUAAAUUGUUUCAUGUUUUUCCAACAUAAUUCUCUAAAAGUAAUGCUUUUUAACUGUAUUGUGAUUUAGGUAAUAUUUAAAAAAAGAAUAAUUUCUUUCAGGGAACAUGAUGAUGAUUUCUCCUCCUGGUGAUUAUAUUACAAGAUGUUUAAAGCUCAAACAGGAACAUUGGAAAUAUUUAUUUUAUUAAUAACUGUUUAAAAAAUUUGCAUUGUAAUAAAUGAUGGUAUUUUCAUAUAAAAAAAAUUAUUACAAUUUUUGAAAAUUAAAAUUCAGAUUUAUAAACAUGAAAAUAUAUUAUUUAAAAAUUUUGUUCACACUGUUAUUUUGGGUAAUUAAUUUGCUACUAUUUAAUUGAUUACAUUUCCUUUAAAUUUAAAUAAAUAUUGUCCUUUUAAAAUAUUUUGUUAGUAUUGUUCAUCAAAUACUUUAAAGAAUUAUCUGUAAUUUUAAUUAUUUGAUAUUAGUUUAUGAAUUACAAUUUUUUUUUAAACAGCUGAGUCUGUGAUAAACUGUCAUAUAAAUGUACUACAUAUUAAUUAUUGAAUGUAUCAAAAGAUUUCAACAAACCUGUGAGUGUAAUAUGAAAUAUAAAUGUAGUGUGAAUGAAAAUGUAUAUUUAUAAUUCUUGAUAAAACUAUAAAUAUAUGUAACUAUAUUUUUAAUUAUUUAGUUAAAAGGAUUUCUCAGCAUAAAAAUACUGAUUUCACACAAGACAGUGGGCCACAUAAAUAAUUUUUUUCAACAUUGUGUAUUUAAUACAUUAGAAACUUUGAUAGUUUAUAAGGGAUUUCAUAUUGUUUAAUAUCUGCCAGCAUACAGUUCUAUCAAUAAAACAAAAGCAAAAUGUGAAUUGUAUGGUUUUUAUUUACUUAAAAAAAAAAAAAAGAAAAAAAAAAGAAAUCACUAAC